UCAAACAACACACAAUCCAAUUAGUCAUUGAGAGCGUUUGAUAUUUUGAAGUGGUUCACUGAAAAUGGGUUACAAAGCCUUGAUAUUGAUAACCCUCAUGCUUUUCAUGUUAAUACCAACAUUUGCUUCACCCGAUGAAAUAUCUCUAGAUACCUACAUCAUUCGCGUUGACCAUGAAGUCGCAUCAAAAGAUCUAGAUGCCUUGUAUAAAUCACUCAUGCCAACAACAACGACAACAAAUGAUCACCGGCGGCGAUUGACUUACUCAUAUCGGAAUGUGUUCCGGGGCUUUGCCGCCAGAUUAUCACCUGAAGAAGUGAAAGCAAUGGCGACGAAGCCCGGGUUCAUCUCCGCACGCCUUGAAAGAAAAAUAUCCCUCCACACCACCCAUUCCCCCAACUUCUUGGGGCUUUACCAAAACAGUGGGUUCUGGCAAAGCUCCAGGUGUGGCCGGGGUGUCAUCAUCGGAGUCCUGGACACUGGGAUCUUCCCGGAGCACCCUUCAUUCAGGGCCGAAGGGAUGCCACCCCCGCCUGCUAAAUGGAAGGGGAAGUGUGAGUUCAACCACACCUCGUGCAACAACAAGAUCAUCGGAGCAAGAACCUUCACAACUUCUGGUGACACCCCUUUAGACGAAGACGGCCAUGGCACCCACACUGCGAGCACUGCCGCCGGAAGAUUCGUGAAAGGAGCUAACAUUUUCGGCAAUGCUAACGGCACGGCUGUUGGGAUUGCCCCGAUGGCGCACCUAGCUAUCUACAAGGUGUGUGGGAUUUCCUGCUUGGAGAGCGACAUACUUGCUGCAAUGGAUGCUGCUGUAGAUGAUGGUGUCGACAUUCUUUCCCUAUCACUAGGUGCACUUUCUUUGAAUCUUCAUGAUGACCCUAUUGCCCUUGGAGCUUACUCUGCUAUGGAGAAGGGCAUUUUGGUCAGUUGCUCUGCCGGUAACAGUGGGCCUUCGAACUUUUCGUUAUCGAACGAGGCGCCGUGGAUUCUCACCGUCGGUGCCAGCACCAUUGACAGGAAGAUACGAGCAACCGCCGAGCUGGGAAACAACAUGACAUUCGACGGCGAGUCAGCUUUCCAGCCGGCUGAUUUUCCGGCGAUGCAGCUGCCGCUCGUUUACGCAGGCAUGCUUAAUGCGACCGACUCCCAAAUCCGGUUCUGCGGCGAGGCGUCGCUCAACAAAACAGACUUGCGAGGGAAGGUCGUGGUCUGCGAAGUGGGAGGGCUCAUACCGAGAAUCGACAAAGGGAUUGCCGUCAAGAACAGCGGCGGCGCCGCCAUGAUCUUGGUAAACCCCGAUACGUACGGAAACCUCACCCUCGCGGAGGCGCACGUGCUCCCGGCGACGCACGUGACCUACGCCGACGGGCUGAAGAUCAAGGCCUACAUCAACUCCACCGCGGCGGCGACGGCCGCGAUCGUGUUCAAAGGAACCGUCAUCGGCGACGACCGCGCACCCGUGGUGGCCGCGUUCUCAUCCCGGGGCCCAAAUUUCGCGAGCCCCGGGAUCCUGAAACCUGACAUUUUAGGCCCCGGGGUGAACAUCUUGGCGGCGUGGCCGGUCUCGGUGGAGAACAACACCAACACAAGAUCGGCCACGUUCAACAUGAUCUCCGGGACCUCGAUGUCGUGCCCGCACCUCAGCGGCGUGGCGGCGCUGCUGAGGAGCGCGCACCCUGACUGGUCCCCUGCUGCAGUCAAGUCUGCCAUCAUGACCACCGCUGACGUGGUGAACCUCGCUAACAAUCCGAUUGAGGAUGAGAGGUUCCUCCCGGCCUCGGUAUUCGCUACUGGGUCAGGCCAUGUGAACCCUUCCAGAGCGAGUGACCCGGGGCUGGUUUACGACCUCAAACCAGAGGACUACAUUCCCUAUCUGUGCGGCCUCAACUACACAGACAGGGAAGUUGGAGUGAUUCUGCAGCGCAGAGUGAGAUGCGCUGCAGAAUCAAGUAUACGAGAAGGGGACCUCAACUACCCUUCGUUCGCGGUUACAUUUAGGAGUUUCGAAUCCUCGGCUUCUCAGACGUAUAAGAGGACGGUAACGAAUGUGGGCGAGGCGAACUCGUCUUACGUUGCCGAGAUCAUGGCGCCGGCUGGGAUUGAGGUGCGUGUGGAGCCUGCGAAGCUCGAUUUCUAUGGGGUUAAGCAGAAGCUGCAAUAUAAUGUGACAUUUGUGAGAUUGAAUUCGACGGUGUUUGGGCAAGUUCAAGGCUACUUGAAAUGGGUAUCUUCCAAGCACUCUGUUAGGAGUCCUAUUGCCGGAAUACUGCGGUGAAUGCACAACUAUUGAAAACCUGUUUAUUUUAUUCUCAUUAAUGGUCGAUUGUUUCUCAAGUCUUUUGAUAGGAAUGUUUGUUAAUUAUUGCUUGUUUUGCAAUUUUCUUUUACAUUUUUGAAACAAUCAUUCCUUCGUUCUUGUGUUUUGCAAUUGUGUUGUCAAAUUUGCAAAAAAAUAUGAUAAAAAUUAUUUCAAGUUUUUGUAC